GAAAUAAAGGAAAAUAAAAGAAAGAAGAGAAAACAGCAUUAAAUUUGCUUGCAUAUGCUGUUGAAGUUAAAAGGUUCCAUAAUUUCCGUUCACAAUCAAAUCAAUGAUGAACUAAAAAUCCACCACCACCACCUACUCCUCUAAAACGUCGUCGUUCUUCCAGUUUUUCAGCACUCUGCUACUCCCAUUUUAGAGUUCAAUUCCAGUGAAGUUUUAGCCAUUUUGGAUAAAAAAUAGUACUAUCUCAAUUUUGCAGUCAAAAUUCACAUAUCUGAGGACAAAACAGUAUCUGGGUUUUGCUCAAAGUUUCAUUUUGCUAUGAAAAUUCACAUAUUCUUAAACUUCAAAGCAAAAUAGUGUCUGGGUUGUGCUCAAAAUUAAGUUGUCAGACCAAUUUCACAUUUUUUUUUAGCAAAACAGUAUCUGGGUUUUGCACAAAAAUUCCAUUUUGCAGUUGAGAUUCACAUAUAUUCUUGAACUUUAAAGCAAACUAGAAUCUGGGUUGUGCACAAAAUUCGAUUUUCACCAAUUUCACGUAUUUUUAAGCAAAACAGUUUCUGGGUUUUGACUUUGAGGCAAAAUUGAAUUUUGAGAAGAUAUGGGAAAUCGAUUUAUUUGCAUGAUAAAGAAGGAAAAUGAAAGGAAUGGAGUAGGGUCAAGGAGUAAAAGAAUGGAGAGAUCAAAGAGGAGGUCAUUAGUAGAAGAGGAGUUAUUGCAUCGACAAGCUUUGGCAAUGGCAAUUCAGCAGCAUCAGUUGUCUCAAAGAUUUGAGGGGUCAAUGUCUAGACGUAUUGGAGGAUCCACUAGUUCUCGCCGUCGCACUGAUUCUUCUGAUCCCGCCCCCAAUUUUAAGCAGCAGUUACCAGAAUGUUUGGAGAGCAUCAAGACAAAGAAGUUCGUUUUGGUACAUGGAGAAGGAUUUGGAGCUUGGUGUUGGUACAAAAAUAUUGCUUUAUUGGAGGAAACUGGAUUGCUGCCCACGACCGUAGAUCUCACUGGAUCUGGGAUUGAUCUGACAGAUACAAAAAAUGUUACAACACUGGCGGAGUACUCAAAACCAUUGAUUGAUUAUCUGGAGAACUUGCCGGAGGAUGAAAAUGUAAUUUUGGUAGGUCACAGUGUUGGAGGUGCUUGUGUUUGCUAUGCUUUGGAGCUUUACCCACAGAAAAUUGCCAAAGCAGUAUUUCUUUGUGCUACAAUGAUAUCUGAUGGACAGAGGCCUUUUAAUGUGUUUGCCGGAGAGCUUGGGUCCGCAGAGCUUUUCAUGCAGGAGUCUAAGUUUUUAAUUUAUGGGAAUGGUAAAGAGAAGCCUCCUACUGGCUUCAUGUUUGAGAAGGAGCAGAUGCAUGGACUAUAUUUCAAUCAAUCUCCUGCAAAGGAUGUUGCUUUGGCAAUGGUUUCGAUGAGACCAAUUCCUCUUGGUCCAAUAAUGGAGAAGCUAUCGUUGACACCUGAAAAAUAUGGAACAAGUCGUAGAUUUUAUGUCCAGACAUUGGAUGAUCAUGCUCUUUCACCUGAUGUCCAAGAAAAACUUGUGAGGGAAAACCCUCCUGAAGGUGUCUUCAAGAUCAAAGGCAGUGACCAUUGUCCAUUCUUUUCCAAGCCACAGUCGCUGCAUAAAAUUUUGGUCGAAAUUGCUCAGAUUCCAUAGUAAUGUACAUAAGAGGAGAUCUUUUACUUCUUAAGGAAAAUAGCUUUUGUUGGUUCUUUUAGCGGCUGUACAAUCUGUUCCAUGAGGCUUUUGGUUGUAUAGAAGAAAUUUAGUUAGGUUGUCAUGUUCCAUAUCCAGUUUCAUACUCAAUUAGUUUCAUUUAUUUCUUUUAAAGAAUGAAAUACAUUUGGUUAUAGUUAUCCAA